CGCUUGCAUUUCCGAAAAGAAGACGGUCGCGACAUGUACUCGAUCGACGCAGCCCAGGACGACGUGCUCCUCCCGCUGCGAAGGAGGCGCAAGAGCGAAGAUGAGGGCGACGAUGAUGAUGACGACGAGCUGCAUGGCAGCCCGCGCCUGCCCCUCUGCUCGCCGCUUGCCAAGCUCAUGGUCGAGUGGGACGACCUCGAGAGCGUGAUCCUCAACAUGCGCACGCCGGCGCAGAGCAUUGGCGAGCUUCUCACGUCCCUCGAGAGCAUCGACUUCUCUGUAAUGCUGGAAGACGACCCGGAAGUGUUCUCGACCUUUGUCAAGCAGACCGAAAUCGAGACGCUGGACGAGCCCGAGCCCGAUAGCGACGAGCCGACGAGCCAAGAGGCCGACGACCAAUCGAUCACCGAGGCCUUUACGCUCCAAGACAUCAUUGACGCAUGGGGCGACGAGUACAUCUUUUUCAUCUUGCUGCAGAUUCCCCAGCGUGAGCAAGUCCGCCUCCAGACGGUCUUUUGGAACUUCUUCCACGCGACAAUGCCCAACAUGGACAUGGCCAAGCUCUCGGAACGCCGCGUGUACCAGCUGUACCGCUUCGCCGCCAAGACGCUCGCCACGUGCAUCUAAUCUCUCUGUCAGUAGUCCAUCUACCCGCUCGUAAUCCUAUCUCAUCGUUGUCGUUCGUA